AUGGCGUCCAACAACACAGCAAGCAUCGCCCAGGCCAGGAAACUGGUAGAGCAGCUGAAGAUGGAGGCCAACAUCGACAGGAUAAAGGUGAGAAAUUAGGCCUACAUCACUGGCUAAGAGGAUAAAGGACGUAACAGAUAUAGCGGAAAUCUGUAGCGUAGCUUCACUGCCCAAGAGGAUACAACAUAUAUAGGAGAAAUCGGUAGCAUCCUUGCCCAAAAGGAUAUAGCAACCAUACCGAUAUAGGAGGCAUCGGUUGCCCUUUACAUUACAGCAUGGAAGACAGUGUAACAUGGUGAUAGUAUGGUAACAACAGGUUAUAGUUACCAAUUUAUUAGUCCAUGAGGUGAUGUAAAAGUACCGACCAAUCUAUUGUGUGGAAUCUAACUCAAACUGUGUGUGUAUGUCCCUCUCUUUCAUUACAGGUGUCCAAAGCAGCAGCGGACUUAAUGUCAUACUGCGAAGCCCAUGCCAAAGAGGACCCCCUCCUGUCGCCGGUGCCCGCAUCCGAAAACCCUUUUAGGGAGAAGAAGUUCUUCUGUGCCAUCCUGUAA